AAAACCACCCAGGCUGAGGAUUACAGACCAAUUUUCCCCCUGUCCGAGUUUCGGAGCGUGCUCCUGAGUUCCUGCAGCCUUAUCGAGUUUGUAGGCAGAAAGUCGGGUCUAGGAGGGGAAGAGCAGCGCGGUGCCGACGAGAAGCUCAGCGCCCUGGAAUGUCGACUUAGGGCAGGGGCUUUAGCUUAGCUGGUGCUAAUUGCAGGUUUCAGUGGUCAAAAACUCGGGGGGGGAGGGAGGGUGGAGUAGGAAAAAAGCAAACAUCCAAGAGAGGGGGUUAAGGCUUGGGAGAGCUGUUGUGAGGAGUUGCUCAACUCUCCUUCAGCAGCGCGGUAGAGAGGAAAAUGCAUUAGGUUGCUGCCCCGAAACGCUGCCGCGGCUGCGAAUGGUGCUGGGCGCUGAGCUGGGCUCCAGGCUUUACCAGGCUGUGAAUGAGCUUGACACCAUGACCGCUGAGGACUCCACUGCAAGGAUGAGCAAUGAGUCCUCCAACGUGGCUACUACGAAAGUCCCAGAAGGUGUUGCUGGUGCCCCCAAUGAGGCUGCUUUGCUGGCUCUCAUGGCACGCACUGGAUAUAGCAUGAUCCAGGAGAAUGGGCAACGCAAGUAUGGCGGCCCUCCUCCUGGCUGGGAGGGUCUACACCCUCCUCGUGGCUGUGAGGUUUUUGUGGGCAAAAUCCCCCGUGAUGUCUAUGAAGAUGAACUCGUCCCUGUGUUCGAGUCUGUUGGCCGCAUCUAUGAAAUGCGCCUGAUGAUGGACUUUGAUGGGAAGAACCGUGGGUAUGCCUUCGUGAUGUACACACAGAAGCAUGAGGCAAAGCGUGCUGUCAGGGAGCUGAACAACUAUGAGAUCCGCCCUGGCAGGCUGCUGGGGGUGUGCUGCAGUGUGGAUAACUGCCGGCUCUUCAUCGGAGGCAUUCCCAAAAUGAAAAAGAGAGAGGAGAUCCUGGAAGAGAUCGCUAAGGUGACAGAAGGCGUGCUGGAUGUCAUCGUGUAUGCCAGCGCCGCAGACAAGAUGAAGAACAGAGGCUUUGCCUUUGUGGAGUAUGAGAGCCAUCGAGCAGCAGCAAUGGCCAGGAGGAAACUCAUGCCAGGAAGAAUCCAGCUGUGGGGACACCAAAUUGCUGUUGACUGGGCAGAACCAGAGAUAGAUGUGGAUGAAGACGUCAUGGAAACUGUUAAAAUCCUCUAUGUGAGGAAUUUAAUGAUUGAGACCACAGAGGACACCAUUAAAAAGGUCUUCGGGCAGUUUAACCCUGGCUGUGUAGAGCGAGUGAAAAAAAUACGUGAUUAUGCCUUUGUGCACUUUACAACCAGGGAAGAUGCCAUUCAUGCCAUGAACAACCUUAAUGGUGUUGAACUGGAAGGCUCGUGUCUGGAGGUUACCUUGGCCAAACCAGUAGACAAGGAACAAUACACUCGGUACCAGAAAGCAGCAAAAGGAGGGGCCGCAGCAACGCCUGAAGUAACUCAGCAACCUAAUUAUGUUUACUCUUGUGAUCCAUACACACUAGCAUAUUAUGGAUAUCCGUACAAUGCUUUGAUUGGGCCCAACAGAGAUUACUUUGUGAAAGCAGGCACUAUACGAGGCAGAGGGCGAGGUGCAGCUGGGAACAGAGCCCCAGGCCCCAGGGGCUCCUACCUGGGGGGAUACUCCGCUGGCCGUGGCAUCUACAGCAGGUACCAUGAAGGCAAAGGAAAACAGCAAGAGAAAGGGUACGAGCUGGCGCCCAGCUUGGAGUUACCUGCAGUCAAUCCGGUGGCCAUCAAGCCUGGUGCAGUGGCCAUUCCUGCCAUUGGUGCCCAGUACUCCAUGUUUCAGGCUGCGCCACCAGCCAAGAUGAUGGAAGAUGGCAAAAUCCACACUGUCGAGCACAUCAUCAACCCUAUAGCUGUCCAGCAGGACCCAGCUAGUGCAGCAGCCGCAGCAGCCGCCGCAGCAGCAGCUGUAAUACCCGCUGUCUCAACACCUCCCCCUUUCCAGGGCCGCCCCAUCACACCGGUGUACACCAUGGCUCCCAAUGUACAGCGGAUCCCCGCUGCUGGGAUUUAUGGGACAAGUUACGUGCCAUUUGCAGCACCUGCUGCAGCAACAGCAACGAUAGCCACGCUACAGAAGAAUGCUGCUGCUGCCGCUGCCGCCGCUGCCUAUGGUGGGUACGCUGGAUACCUCCCCCCAGCAUUCCCAGCUGCAACCAUUCAGGUCCCCAUCCACGACGUCUACCAGACGUACUGAGACUGACAGCAGAGGAGGGUGGUGGAGAAAUACACACUGAAGGAACACUUUACUAUUUAUGAAGAAAGAACCUUCUGCGAAAGAGGAAACAUUUGGGCUUGGUGAAACUGAUGCAGAAAGUGAAGAAUGUCAUAGAAAAAUGUGUUUGGAAUGUUUUCUACGCUUGAAGUUUUCACUAACUUUUUUAGGCUAUUUUUAAAGUUUAACACGCUGGUAUUCAUACAUUUCUAAAGGACCUCAAUGCAUUCAGCCCGCCGCUGAUGUGCAUUUAGAAGCAUCGUAGUGGGGUUGCAUAGGGUCUUUUAUUAUUUUUUUUAGCAGUUAUAUUUUCAAUAUAUUUGUGGUAUGAAGGUUAUUUUUUAGUAACUUCUGCACUCCAGAGAUGUCUAUUUUGUAGUGCCUUUAAUAAUAUAUCAGCUAUAUAUUAAAAAGCACACCUGAGCAGCUAGGGAAAGUUUUAACAAUAUAUUUUGAAGAAUAUAUUCAAUAUUUAAAGAAUAUGUACCUUAGAUUUUUUUUUUAAAGAAAAAACAACAAGUGUCUUAUUUAAAAAGUUAUACUGGAAAGUGCAAUUUGAAAAAUGUGCAAGACCUCUGCAUUUUUGUGCUGGCAUUAACACAACCUGCUCACUCUUAUUUCAAAUCAGAAGUAACUAAUAUUGCCCAUUUGGGCGAAAGAGGUAAAAAAAAAGCUUCCUCAUGCAAACAUCUUCACAGUGUGAUCUGCAGGCUUGUGCUAAGUAAAGGAAAGGCUCUGAACUUUCCUUAACAACUGGAUUUUCUAUUUAUUGAAGCUACUUGUGAUUGGCGCACAUGCAAAAACAAGUAGCCGCUAUUUCACGUGAGGUGUCUUGACUUAGGUCUUCAUCCAGUAUAAAGCUUAGGCUGUCUUUCAAUGCUUUAUUUUAUUCUUUGAAGUAUAUGUUGUAGUGACUGAGAAUGUAUGCUGCUGUUGCCGAGAGGAUGCGCAGCGUUACUUGCCCAUCGCUCCAUUGUGUUCUGUGAGAAAUUCCAGAGGUACUAGGGGUGGUAGUGAUACUGGAAUUAGUGAAACAGGGCUAGCCUCCCUCCCAGCCUCCCUUCCAUGCUAUAUUCCUCUUCACAACUGGAGCUGUACCUGCACAUCAGGGGUGGGAGCAAUUAGACCUGAUGAUUUCAAAACAUAGAGCUUGUAAAUAUCUUUUAAUAUACAUUUUUAAAGUCAUUUUAUGUUGCAAAUAUACAUGUUAUGUGGUUUGCUACAAAACAAAAACCUAUUGCAAUGUUAUAAAAAAGUUUGGUUUAUUAAGAAGUAAAUAUAUUAUUGCAGUGUUCUGUGGCCUGUUUAAAGGCUUUUAUUUAGUAGUGCAGUGAACGUAAAAUACAGUAAAAUGGUAAAGAAGUAUCUUGCCCGUUUUAUGAAGUGCAUCAGCCUGCAGACACAGCUGCGGUGACACGAGGUGUGAAGCAGGGAGUGAGUAAACAAUGUUCCUUUACUUUUUGUGGUGUAAGUACCAACUCAAGGGGGUUUGUAUUUGGGUAUAUUUUGACAACUGAACCACUUCCAGACCACGUCCAGCUCAGUUAAGUGACCUUUUAAUACACUUUUCUUCCUUGCCUCAAAAUGGAGUGGUUGUUUUUUAGGUGCUCUUGCUCAGCCAAGCUGAGUUCUCCUCAAUCCCGUUGACCCAUUAGCAAAAGCACUGUGAGGUUAACCAUUAGGUUGGACUCUGCCCCUCCACACCCCUUCCCAGGAGAAUUUAUUGUCUAUCCUUGUGCUUCUGAAAGCACACCCAUACCUUAGCCCUGAGGCCCUGCCUCGUAGUAGGGCAAGAGGAGGUGAUUUGGGUAAAGCCCCAAGGGGGAAACCUCCAAAAGGGAGGCUGGUUCUGCCUCCUCUGCCCCUCUGGCUAAAGCCAUAGGGCCAUGGGAUCUGUACAAACACCCAAUGGGUUGGGAAAAGGCAAUCUAGUGGUUUGGGUCUCCGCCAGCCCCUUUCCAGCCCCAUGCUACUGCUGACCCAGAGAGGAGGGAUGAAGGGUGAUGGCUUCCUUCCCAGUCAUCCAACUUCCUGCUGGCAGGAUGAGGAACCUGCUGCUUGCAGAGGUGUCAGGGAGAGAAAAUAGCCAACAAGGGCAAACCCUGAGGUAUCCCAUGCCACAAGGUGCUGCCUGUGCCAAGGCAGAAGCAGGCAGGGGCCAGGAGCACAGGCAGACAGGUCACACUGAACCUCCCACCUGUGCCUGUCUUUUGCUUCUAAACCAUUUCAUGUACAUUACUACUGAGGUAAGUCUGGUAACUUGAAAUGUGAACAUCUUUAGGUUAAGAACAAACUAUUCAAAAGAAAAAAAAACAUAAAAAUAUAAAACAAAACUAGUGUGCCUUAUUCUCAAAAGAGCUGAUAUUUUAGGUGUUUUAUUGUAUCUCUGUUCUCUGUACUGUCGGAAACCUCUGAGUUUAUUUAGUUCUUGCUCCA